AUGGUAACAUCUUGUUUCUCUAAGGGACACAUUUGUUGUAAUGAAUUACCAACUUGUGCUAAUUUAAAAAAGCGUAAGCCAGAUCUAUAUGAUGAAGAUUGGAAAUGUAAUUUUUGUAAAAUAGAAGAAGAAACCUUUGAUCAUUUUUGGAAAUGUAGUAAGAUUCAAAAUGUCGUGCAAGAUAUACUUAUGCGAUUAAAAAUCUUUUUAGUUAAAAUUAUACAGGAGUAUUCAAAAGAUGACAUAGAUACGCAAGAAUUAAAUGGUAAAAUUAAUGAGCUAGGUAUGUGGGAUAUUGGAUGUUUAUAUGAUUUUACAUUUUUAAUGAAAAAUCAAGUCAGUUGUCAAUUAAUAGAAUUAUUAAGGUGCUAUAAAAUAAUUGAAGAAAAAUUGUUGUAUAAGGUAAUGAAACAAAUAACUGGGAGAGUUUUAUUAGAAUUCAAAGUGCUUAUUUGGGAACCAAGGAACGAGUUACAAAUAAAGGAAGAAAAGCGGUGCGGUAUUAGCGGUAAAGAUAAAAAAGCUAAGUCACAUAGUAAUUGCACUGAAGUGGGUGUUAAAAAUGUUGGCUGUAAGAUGUUAGAAAGUAAUUGGAAUAAAUGGAAUGAUUUGGCAUUCCAUCGAGGCGGUCAUUGGGCAAAUUUUUAG